AUGGGAAAUACUUUGUAAUAUAUUCCUUACUUUAACAAGAAAGAUAACAGCUUUUAAGAUAAAAGUUUAGCAGAGCAGAUUUCUGGUUUACAUACAGACACUGGCAGUGAUCAAACUAAAGCAGAUUACUUUUUAAAAGAUAAUCUCAGUCUAUCAAUUAAGCUUUUAAAUAAUAAAAUUGUUAUGGAUAAAAAGAAUAAUUAAAUUAUUCCUGGAGUUGUUUCUGUUGAGGCUAAGGACUUUGAUGCUGAUUAAGUCAAAAAAGAUAAAGUUAGAUAUUAACCCUUAGAUUUAAUUUUUGUUAUAGAUACAUCUGGUUCCAUGCAAGGAAAGAAAAUUGAGCUGGUAAAGAAAUCCAUUUUAUAGGUCCUUCACAUUAUUUAAGGAGAUGAUAGAAUUUCACUAGUAGGAUUCAAUAGCCAAGCUAAAGUAUUGUUAGAACUAACUUAACUAACUAAAAAUAGUAAAAAAAAAAUAUAGAAGACAGUUGAUGAAUUAUAAGCUGGAGGAGGGACCUAAAUAGGUUUCGGAAUGCAAAAAGCUUUUGAUAUAAUUAAAGAAAGAACAAACUCUAAAAAUUUAGCUAGCAUAUUCCUAUUAUCCGAUGGUUAAGAUAAUUGCGGAUUCUCACAAACUUAGCAUUUCAUGAAUCAAUCUAAAAUAGAAUAUCCCUUUUGCAUAGAUUGUUUUGGCUUUGGAGAUGAUCAUGACUCUUUAACUCUAAGUAAAAUAAAUCAACUUUAACAAGGCACAUUCAAUUUUAUUAGGGAUAUUUCUCAAAUUGAUGAUGCUUUUACUAUUAUUUUAGCAGGAAUUAAAACAUUUGUUGCAUAAAAUGUUAAAAUAUCAGUCAAUUUUGGUAAUACAGAGCUAAUGAAUGGGAUUACUGUAUCAAAAACUUAUGGUUCAGAGUGGAAAAAAAUCUAAGACAAAUAAUAUGAAAUUUAAUUAAAUCAUUUAAUGGCAGGUAGAAGUAAAGAUUUUGUUUUUGAGUUACAAAUACCUUAAUUUGAAAUGAAGCUAACUGACUAAUAAAGGUAUUAAAUAAUAGGUAGUGCUAAGAUAAAAGCUAACUCCUUAAACUAAGGAAAAAAAAAGAUUACUAAAAAAGCUAAUUUAAUGGUAGAGCUAUUUCUCAACACCGAAGUAUAGAAGAAAGAUUUGGAAAAAGAAGAUGAUGAAAAAGUGGCUAUUAAUCACUUUAGAGUAAUUGCAGGUGAAGCUAUGGGUACAGUUUUAGCACAAGCUGAUAAAAAUUAAUUUGAAAAUAGUUAGAGUUUGCUAAAUGAAAUAAUAAACAAAAUUAAAAACUCAAAAUAUAAAAAUAAUCCUACAAUCCUAAAUUUGUUGAAAGAUUUACAUAACUGCUAAUAGGCUGCUCAAUCAAGCAACUAUUCCACUUUCGGUAGAGGUUAUGUAAUGAACGCUCAACAAGUUACUAUUGGUUAAUAAGUCGCAUGCAAUUUCGACUAUAAGUAUGCUAAUAGAGAUUAUAUUUUAGCUGAGUAAAAUAUGGGUCAAGAACGCUUUAGAAGCAUCAAUAGACGUUAUUAAAAUUAAUGA